CAUCGUCUUCCUUCGGGAACCCUAUUGUUCACGUGUUUCAACCAGUCGAUGAAAAUGGAAAUUAAUCCGGACAGAGAAGUUUUGAGGUUCGAUGGGAAUGAUGAAGAUUGUACCCACUUAUUAAAAGAAAAUAUGACUACAAUUUUUGCCAGUUCAGGAUCGCACAAAAAAGGAAGUUCAAAAUUAACACUUAAAAAUUUUGUUGAUUUUAAUUGGGAACAUAGUUAUUAUCAUGGACAGUUGAUAGCUUUGCAUAUAAGUGAAGAUUACAUAGCUUAUGGUUUUUCAAAACCUAGUACAUCUGAAGGUCUAGUUCGCGUAGUUAAAAGAGAGACAAAUGAAAGAGUUUUAAUCAAAGGGUUUAGCAAUAUAAUUACAGACAUCAAAUUUGCUCAUCUUUAUGGAAUUAUAAUGUUAGCUUGUAUUGAUCAAUCUGGAGUUGUAUAUGUCUAUAUUGUGAAAGAAGAAAAGUAUUCAACAAAACAACUAUCAGUUAUUCCCAUAUUUCAAAUAAAUGAGGAUCCAACAGAAUUUUUUAAUGAAGGCUUUCUUAUAUCUUGGUGUCAAUAUAUUCCGGAACAAGUAAAUUAUUUAAAAGAACUUGAAUUUGAACCGUCUUAUAAUGGGAAAAUGUUGGCUGUAGUUCGAGGUUUAGAUGUUGAAAUAUGGCAUAUUGGUAUUGCAAGUAAUUUUACUGCUGGUCCAGUUUAUGCGAAACCUGAAUUGAAUAAAUUAAUGGAUUCAAAUAUGUUAAAUAAUAUCAAACAUUCAGUAAUCAAAAUCCGUAUGGAUGAAUCUAUCAUAAUCAAUGUAGCAUUUUCUCCAGACGCUUCAAAGAUAUCAAUAGCUUUAAGUAAUGGAUCCUUCUAUUUUUACCAGAUUUCUUUUAUUAACUCAAAAGAACCUCUGAAACGUAUCUUCAUUUGGAAACCUGAAGAAUUAUUUUUAAAUUUAAGAUCAAUGGUGUUUUUAGACAACCAUAAAAAUGUUGUUGGAGAUAUUGAACUUUGGAAGUACAUAGUAACUUAUUCUAAUAACAAUGAAAUUAUUUUGUGGUCUUGUGAGACUUGGAAACGUCUUCAAAAAUUGGAAUUUAUCCGACCAUAUAUUUCUGAUAAUCCUAUGAAACUAACAGUUGAUGAAACUGGAAGAUAUAUAUUUUUGUCUGACAUUGACCAUAAUUUAUUAUAUGUCAUGGAAGUAUCGGUCGAUCCUGAAAGUCCUAAAAAAUACAUAAAAAUAGUUAGUGUUACUGAAAUUUUGUUGCCAAGUCCUAUGUUGAAUAUGAUAAUUGUUAAUACUAAAAUUGAUCAUAACAAAACGCAUUUUACUGAAAAUUGUAAUUCUGGUGAUUUUAAUGGAUUGAAUAAAUGUACAUCAAUUAUUAAUUUGUUUGCAAUACAACCAAAGUCCAUACAAGAAGGUCUGUUAUGUGUUUCAUCUCCAGACAUGUCUAUUUUAGAACAAUUAAUAGAAAGACGUUUGAUCGAACCAAUAAAUAAUUUGUAUCCAAAACCACUCACUGUAGAUGUUCUUAUGGGUUCGCUUGAUAUUCCUCAGAAUGAUCCAAACGAAUUUCAACCACAUGAUGGAAAAAAUCAUAUUCUGACUGAUCUUAGUCCAAUGGCGGUUCAUAAUAUGGUAAAAGAAAAAUUAAGAUUAAAAGGAAUAACCAUGAAUUCAAAUAUGGUUCUGAAUAAUACAAAUCCAAUUCAGAACACGUAUAAUAUGAAUGAAAUUAGAGAAUGCAGUCCAAGUAAUAAUGAAGUACAAACAAUUUUUGAACGUCCUGAAGAGUACACUUUUCAACAUGCAGGAGCACACGAUGAAAAUUUUGAAACUUCAAGUAAUUACUCUAAUGAUAAUGAAAAAGAAGAAAUUGAUUGUUAUUCAGGUGAUUCUGUAUUUAAUGGUUCAAGCAUUUCAACAAUAACAAAACCACCAAAUAGAUCUAAGACAAUUGUAGAUAUUGGAUUUGUUGAACAAAUAAAUAAUAUUCGCUUAUGUUUACAAGACAUUAACUCUCAGUUGAAAUGUUUAAGUAAAAAACAAGACCAGAUUGAAAAUAAAAUAUCUUCUUCUUUGUUUACAAAUAAAACUGACAUAUGUAGAAAUCUAGAACCAUUCUUAAUAGAUCUAGUGAGGAAUGCGAAUGAUCAAUCACAAAGAAAACUUCAACUUGUUCUAGAUCACCACUUUAAUCUAUCACAUAAGAAAACAUCAGAUAUGGUCAAAACCUCUAACUCAAAUAUGAUUGAUACCGAAUUAUUUACAAGAUCUUUAGUUGCAUCAUUAAGUCCAACUCUGGAUACAAUUUUAAAAGACCUCUUCAUGAGUACAGUUAUACCCAAGUUUGAACACGCAUGUUGUUCUAUGUUUAAACAAAUUGAUGCAUCAUUUACUGAAAGAUCACUGGAAUAUCAAAACGAAUUAAAACUAUUAUUAAACGAAGAAGGCAAUAUAAAUUACAAAUUGGAGUUCGCUUUUGAAAGAUUCAAAACUGAUAUGAGUAACAUUAUAAAACACACUGAAAAAAAAAUUCUCAGUUCUCAAAAUGAAAUUAAAAAUCAAUUUUCGGGUCUACUUCAAGAAUCAUCAAUAUCGAAUAAUAUUGAAGCAAAUGUAGAUACAGAGCCUACUAACCAAUAUUUAUUGUUGAGUGAAUUAAUAGAACGUCGUGAUUUUGUCACAGCCUUUGAAAAAGCCUUGAAUGCAUCUAAUUUGGAUCUAGUAAUUUUUGUAUGCGAAAAAGUAUUACCUGAAGAACUUUUCCAAACUCCAUUAUUGAAAACGCCUGUUAUUUUGUCAUUGAUUCAACAACUAUCUAGUGAUCUAAAAAAUAACACAGAACUGAAACAAAAAUAUUUAGAUGCUGCUGUGAGUAAUUUAGAUUAUAUAAAUGAACAUUACAAGGAAAAAGUCCAUCUAAUUUUGAUAAAAUUAGAUCAAAGUAUUGAAAACUUCAUCCAACGUUAUCCUACCAAUAACUUUUGCCGCAAGUUAAAGAUGUUGCAGUUGGCUGUGAAAACUAUAAUAAGUAUCUCUCAUUAAGUUACAAUUAUUUUAUCGUAUUAAAAAAAUAAGAUAAAUUGACUGACAUUUAUGUAUGUUACUCAUUAAAAUUUAAUCAUUUUGCUUGUACACUGUAAUUUUAAGAUUAUGUCAUUGUAAUAUUUUUUCUUAAUAUUUCAGUUUAGUUAUCUGCAUUUUACUCUUAAUUUGUUCUUUUAGUAAUCAAUAAGU